AGACUGUAACCUCACCAAAAGCAUCAGGACAGAGUUACAACAUCACUAACAUCACAUCUGAGGACAGUGGAGAAUAUCAUUGUGAAGCUCAUAAUAGAAAAGGAACAAAGAAUUCGACAGCUCUGAUGGUCAUUGUAUCAGGGAAACAGACUUCUGUUGUGAAUAAAACUGUAGGAAUCACAGUGGUUGUUCUGGUUGUCAUCCUCUGUCUCUCUGGAUUCAUCUGGUUCAGGAGGAAGAAAUCCAAAUCCACUGCUCAUACCAGAUACACAGCAGACAAUAUACAGACAGCAGACACAGACAACCAGGAUGACCUUCACUAUGCCAGCGUUUACUACUCUUCCUCCAAGGACCAGGAAGUUCCUCUCUACUCCACCGUCCAAUCGUCUCAUUACCAGGAACAGGAAGAGGAAGUCCUGCAUGCUGCUGUGAAAAUUCAACUGCCACCCGCACAAACAAUUCAAGAGGAUCCCAGUAUUAUCUACAAAGCCAGAAGAAAGAGGACCUGAUAUCAACAAGACCUGAACACAACAAGACCUGAACACAACAAGUUGUGAACUCAGCAAAACCUGAGCUCAACAAGACCUGAACACAACAAGACCUGAACACAACAAUUUGUGAACACAACAUGACCUAUACCAUGAGCACAACAACACCUGAACACAAGAAGAUUGACAGUAUCUUUUCCUGGCAUACACUGGAUUGGAAAUUGUGCUGUUCGGUUACUUAUCUGACUUAUGUGCUUUUUCUGUAAAUGUGGCCACUGUCAAUGCUUGAGCUUUAAGAAAAACAUUUGUUUAAAACUAAAAACAGUUGGAUUGAACCCUGACUAUUGUAUAUCUGUCUCUGCAUAUAAAACCCAGCGAUACUCCCCCCAAAAAACGAAAUGUGCCCUACGAAGCAGAUCUGAUGCCGUUCUACUUCCUGUCACGGUGCUUGGUCAACCAGGAAGUGUGCGUCAUAAUCCCUACGCAUUCUCCAGCCAAAAACCUUGACUGAGUUCACAGGUGCCCAAGCCUCCUCGAGGAGACGUUGGAGCUCAAUGGUAAAGAUCAUACUUGAAAAUUAAUGGACAAAAGACUACAGAAUCAAACAUUGAUUUUAGGAAAAGCAUAACAACAGUCCCACUGAUAGCCAUUCUGGAUCAGGACAUAGAGGUACUGGAGGAUUAUGAGGCUCUAAAUUUAAGAAAAUUAAGCUUUUAAUGUUGAUUAUAUUAUGUUGUCCCUGUUUUAUAAGUAUUUUAUUGUAAGUGUUUUAUUUUUUAUAUAAUCGGUUGGUAUGAAAAUGGCAAUGUCUGUCAGAGAAAUGUGGAUGAAAGGUACCAGGAGACAAGCAGACGCAUGAGUCUGGAACCCCUUAUAUUCAAAUGAGGUCUAGGCUUCAAUAACUGUAAUCUGUAUAAAUCAUUUAGAUGAAGGCAACUUGAUUUCAUUUAAUAUCCACUGUUUGUCAGUGAAUCACCAGACCCUGGUAUAAUUUAUACAUGUGACCAAGUAAGAGAGGUGCAAUACAUACAUUAGGAGACAAGCUUUCCUGCUUGCGUUUUGGACACUUGUGAGAGAGACACAUACAAGCCACAUAUGGGUGAGGGUGUAGUGGGAGGUUGGUUGUUUAAGAAAAUGUUAUGACCACUAAGUCCACUAUCAUCAGUAGACACAUUCCAAUCUAUAGGCACUGUCUGUUUAAAGCAAUGACCUAACUUACACAUCUGUUGCAUUACGUUUGGACUAGGGCACAGAAAGAGAAGAGCAGCAACAAAUAAUAUUCAAAUGACAUCAUAUAAGGCUCAUUCGGGAACCUGUCAUAGGAUUUAGAAUGAUCAGUAGGAUAUACACCAAUGCUUAAAUGUUUAUGUGUACUUGUUUUUAUAUGUAACUGUUU